AUGAAAUUACCAGGAGACUUUGAAGAGUGUUCUGCUAUAACUAACUUGAAUCCUGUUAUGUUUGAUGAGUUUUAUGACUUGUUAGUUAGAGAGAUUGAAAAAGAGCAUGAUAAGAUAGCAGAAGGACCGAAAGAGAUUUUGGAGAAGCACAAAAAGGCCAUUGGAUGGACGAUAGCAGAAAUCCGAGGGAUAAGCCCGGCCUUUUGCAUGCACAAAAUCUUAUUGGAAGAAGAUGCUAAGAACUCCAUUGAGAGUCAAAGGUGGUUGAACCCGAAGAUGAAAGAGGAUUUACCUUUCGAGCUCAUGUGUGAUGCUAGUGAUUAUGCAAUAGGAGCUAUGUUAGGACAACGUAAAAACAAGAUCUUGCAUCCUGUAUAUUAUGCUAGUAAGACUCUGACCRGUGCACAACUCAAUUACACUACUACUGAAAAGGARCUGUUAGCAGUUGUGUUCGCCUUUGAUAAGUCUAGGUCUUACUUGAUAGGCACAAAAGUCAUUGUUUUUACUGACCGUUCUGCUUUAAAAUAUUUAUUUGCUAAAAAAGAUGCGAAACCAUGUUUGAUACGGUGGAUUUUGUUACUUCAAGAGUUUGAUAUUGAAGUUAGGGACAGGAAGGGUACUGAAAACCAAGUUGUUGAUCACCUGUCUAGAUUGGAAUCCCCGCUCUGUGAUGGAACUGUUACACGUGAACAGUUUAUUGACGAGCAACUCUUGCGAGUUGAUUCAGUUCUGUGGUGUGUAGCAGAAGAAGAGCACAAGGCGAUAUUAGACGCUUGUCAUAUGUCUCCAUAUGGAGGACAUUUUGCAGGACACAAAACCGCAGCCAAAGUUUUGCAAAGUGGGUUCUUUUGGCCCACUCUGUUCAAAGAUGCAUAUAAGUUUGCCCAGGUUUGUGACAAAUGCCAACGGACAGGUAAUAUAUCUAAACGCCACGAAAUGCCUCAAACUCCGAUCCUUGAGAUUGAAAUAUUUGAUGUGUGGGGUAUAGAUUUUAUGGGUUCUUUUACAUCUUCUAACGGUAAGCUUUAUAUAUUGUUAGCAGUAGAUUAUGUUUCGAAAUGGAUAGAAGCCAUUGCAACUGCUACCAAUGAUUCUAAAGUUGUCAUUCGUUUUCUGCAAAAGCACAUUUUUACGCGUUAUGGAACCCCGCGUUGUCUGAUAAGCGAUGGGGGGGCUCAUUUUGUGAAUAGGUCUAUGCAAAAGUUGCUGGCUAAAUACAAUGUGCGUCAUAGGGUUGCAAUAGCAUAUCAUCCUCAGUCGAAUGGGACAGCAUUUAAGACUCCCCUCGGCAUGUCCCCCUAUAGGCUAGUCUUUGGAAAAGCAUGUCAUUUGCCUCUUGAGCUAGAAUAUAAAGCA